CAGUGAAAUAGUAUCAAAAUGACUAAAGUACUGUUCGCCAUCGUUCUGAUGAUGAUUACAUUCGCCGUAACACUAUCUGCAAGUACCAAGGAAGCCAUGACCACGACCAUGACUGACCAGGUUAACAGCAUUGAGGUAGAUGUCUUAGCUGUUAUGGACAUGUGCAAUGAUAGCUACAGGAUUGAUCCAACUUAUUUACAAGCCCUGAAUGAGAGCGGCAGCUUCAUUGAUGAAACUGAUAAAACGCCAAAGUGUUUCAUCCGCUGUGUUUUUGAAAAUGUCGGCAUAGUGUCUGAAGAUGGUAUGCAGUUGAAUCCAGCUAGAGCAGCUGUCAUCUUUGCAGGGGAGAGGAAUGGAAAGCCUAUGGAGGAUAUUGCUGACAUGACUGCUCUGUGUGCCACUGACAGACAGGAAACCUGCCCUUGCGACCGAUCAUACAAGUUCUUAAGAUGCCUGAUGUCGAUGGAAAUUGAAAGAUAUGAGAAAUCUUAAGUUGAAACUAUACCUCUUCGUAACAAAUGACGUCCUGGUACCUUCUGGAACUAUGAGUAAUAUGACAUAUUAAC